CAUAUCGCGUUUCCAGAUCGCGUUUUUCACUCUCCUCUACCUCACUUCACGUUGAACAUUGAGCCAGAUCGCGAUUCCUUCACUACUUCUCAGCGAUGGCGAACUCCAUGGCUUGAACCUCUCUCAGCGAUGGCGAACUCCAUGGCUUGAACCUUUCAGAUCGCGAUUCCCACCUCACCUCAUGAAUUGAAGGAAUUAGGGCUCGAAUUUCUCUUGUUUUGGCAAAAUCGAGUGGUUUCCUGGGUUUGGUUUCUUCGAUUUCUUCCACUGUGUACGCUCUGCUUAGGACCCAAACAAGAUCAGUAAUUUUGAGUAUAUAAUGCAACUCAAUACACUGGCUGGGCCUAGUUAUAAUGAUAUAACGCAGUAUCCUGUUUUCCCCUGGAUUCUUUCUGAUUACAGUUCAGAGAGUUUGGAUCUUUCAAAUCCUUCUUCUUAUCGAGAUCUUUCAAAGCCUGUUGGUGCACUGAACCUAGAUCGUAUGAAAAAAUUUCAAGAGAGAUAUGCUAGCUUUGAUGAUCCAGUUAUCCCCAAAUUCCAUUAUGGAUCACACUACUCAAGUGCAGGAACAGUCUUAUAUUACCUUGUUAGAGUUGAACCUUUCACCACCCUUGCAAUCAAAUUACAAGGCGGAAAAUUUGAUCAUGCAGAUCAGAUGUUUUCUGAUAUUUCUGGUACUUGGAAUGGAGUUCUUGAGGAUAUGAGUGAUGUAAAGGAAUUGGUUCCUAAGCUAUUUUACCUCCCCGAGGUCCUCACAAAUGAAAAUUCAAUUGAUUUUGGUACAACGCAGUUGGGAGGAAAGCUUGAUUCUGUAAGACUUCUAGCUCGAGCUGAGAAUCUAGUUGAUUUUGUGCAUACGCAUAGGAUGGUUCUGGAGAGUGAGUAUGUAUCUGCUCAUUUACAUGAAUGGAUUGACCUCAUAUUUGGAUGUUAAAGAUUUCUAUAGCCAAUGUGAUCCUGGUCAGUUAUUCUCUCUUUUCACAUAGUCUUUGUGUGUCGCAUCAUUUCUGUUUAUUGGCGGCAUAACACAUUCUUCAAGAUCUUGAAGAAUGGAUUGUAAUGGCGGCAUAACACAUUCUUAAUACUGAUCACAGUGAUAAGUAUUUCAAAACCUAUUGC